AUGUUGGUGUUUCAAAGAAUAAUUUUCUUUAUUUAUCUACUUAUUGUGAAAUCAAGUUCAUCUCAAUAUUCUUAUCUAACAGAUCUUAUCCAUCGAGCUUACAAUGAAAAUGACUCACCAACUAUUACAUUUGUCAACUUGAAUGAAGAUUUUCUAUCAAUUUUCUUGCAAGAAAAUUCCGAAAUACCAGUUUUGAUACUGAAUAACUUGGAAGUUGAAUACGAAAAAUUCCCUAACGUCAUUUUGGUAGUUCAAGUGCUUAAAGAUGAAUCCAUUCAAAAUGAUAAAGUAUUGGAAAAAAUAAUUCCAAAACUUCGAGUUCGAAAAUGUGUUAUAGUGUUUGAAAGUAAUUCUAAUUCUACUAACUUGGAACAAAGUUUCUCAUUUCUUGUUAGCAAUAAUUUUCGUCGAAUCCUUGGAAUUGCUGACAACAUUUCAUAUGCCUACUUUCCAUAUGCAGACAAUAAAAUGCAGACAUUAUCUAAAGAUGGACCACUCCCUCAACCCUUAAACGAUCUUAAUGGAUUUACUUUUCGAACAACUUGUACUCGGGACAUUCCACGGCUUUCGCCUUUCUUAGGUAUACGAAAAGAGAAACGAGAAAUUGGAGGUUUCCUGGGAAAGUUAUUUCUCAGUUUUAUCCAUAAACACAAUGCAACUUUUAGAGAAGUCUUGAACCACAAAAACACAUCAAUGGGAAUUGAUGAAAUAAUUAUUGCAACUCGUGAAAAUCGACUCGAUCUUAGUAUGAAUGCUUAUAGACCACAGUCAACAAGGGGCUGGAGUUAUCCAGCAAAAGUUAUCACUUGUGUUUUGAUGGUUCCAGUAAAUGGCUAUGUCAAUCCUGAGGAGUAUUUCGUUAGACCAUUUAGUUUUGGAGUUUGGAUAUGUGUUGGUUUAUUUUUGAUUUAUGUCACAGUGAUGAAAGUACUGCUUAACAAAUGUCGUCAGAAGAACCCUGAAUAUUGGUAUAGUUUCAGUGAAGCGUAUUCAGCAAUUUUGAUGUUGGGCCCAGAAAAAACGGUUACAUCCAAUUACAGUUUUCACAUUCAGGUUUUCGUAUUCACCUUUUUGAUUGGAAGCAUCUAUGUGAUUUAUUUCACCUCCUUUAUGACAGCUUUUAUACGAAUCAAACAAUACGAUACCAUUGAAGAUCUCAUUGAUAAUAAAGUCCCAAUAAUGGUACCGCAAUUCGAUUUUCAAGUAAUUUUGAACAAUAGUCAUUAUCCGAAGAAGUUUUUAGACUUAUUUGUUCCAGUUACACUUGCAGUUUAUAAUCAACAAAUUCAUACUUUGCUAAACAUAAAUUUCACCUUUAUCGUUGGCGAGGAUAGAAUGAAAUUUUUCAAUACAAUCGAAAGGACUUUAAAAGAUAAUCCAUUGUUUCGCAAAGCUAAAGAAUCGUUAAACUUUUAUUUUCUUAGCUAUAUUUUGCCACCGAAUUCAGUAUUCGAAGAGAUUUUGAAUGAUUGCAUUAUGAGAGUACAAGAUGCGGGAUUAAUUCAGAAGUGGGAUUCAGAUUUAACUUUUAAUGCUAUGAUACAUGUUAAACUAUAUUGGAAAGAUUAUGAUUUUAAUAAAGGCAUGGAGCAUGUUGCAUUGAAUGUUGGGCAUUUUAAAUUUGCUUGGACUGGAUUGGCUGUUGGAUUAAUUUUGGCAACUUUGGUGUUUUUGUGGGAAUAUUUUGAAAAGAAAAAAAAAUAA